CAGAUCUUAGAUUGACAUGGCACGCUAAGCCCCGCCCCCGGACGAAACGCCAAGUACUGAGAGAGUCGUCAUCAGCGCCUCUCCCAGCGCUCGGCUCACAGAGUCUCACACCGCAGCAGAGCAGGACCCAGACGACCCACAGCACCUCAACCAUGUCGUUCCUCGUGGAUAAACUGGCGAAACAUGCGGGGGACAUAGUGGCUGAUAAAAUAAAGAGUGCUCUGGGAGGAGAUGACGACAAAGACGACAAGGAGGACAAAGAUGGCGGCUUUCUGUCCAUUUUCAAAAGGGACAAAGACGAUGACGACCAUGACAGGCACAAAGGGGGACUCUUCUCGUUCGGGAAAGACGACCACCACCACAAGGACAAGGACAAGGACAAGGACAAGGACAAAGGGAACUUCUUCCAGAAUCUCUUUGACCGAGACGACGACGAUCGCAGAGGAAAGGUCCCCAAGAAAUCAGGCUUCCACGGCCUGUUCUCCGAGCAGGAGGCGGGGGGCGGAGCCAGGUCAGAUGAGGCGGGGGGCGGAGCCUGGUCAGAUGAGGCGGGGGGCGGAGCCUGGUCAGAGGGCGGAGCCGGACCCGAUGCUGGGCCCUGCGCUCACAUGACAGACGGGGAUCUGGAUUUGAUGAGUGACCUGAUGGAAGUGGCCAACGAAAACUCCUGAGACGUUUAGUCCCAAAGUGACCCUCAGUGACCCUCAGCAUCACAAAGAAGAGGACAUUUUGUAUAAACAUUUAAAUCAGAGACAGACGAUAUAUCUGCCCGCACACAGACACACACAAUCACACAAAUGUGCAUUUGCUCUUUUUAGCAAAACCACUCGUCCUUAAAUCGUCAGCACAGGCAGAUAUUUCAUUUUGGCCUAAAGAAUCCACAUUUAAAAUUACAUAAUUUGGGGAAAUAAUCAAAAUGGGCCCAAAAACAUCUACAGUUUUAUCCAUCCAUCAAUUUGUCUGGAGUCUAAACGAUCGGCCUUAAAAACUCACAUCGAUCGACAUCGACCUUAAAAAAAACGUAUCGGUCGAUCUCUAAUUUAAAUAAUAGUAUGAUAUUGUCUUAUAAAAUAACAGUGUGUGUGUUUACUAACAGAACCUUCUCCUGUAACGUGACGUCUGAUGUUUUUGGAUCAUGGUGUAUAGUGGAACAUAAGUAUAAAUAAAUAUAAACUAUUUAAAGAGUUUUCACAUAAAUAUAUAAAUAUAUACUGAUUGUCUCUAAAUGUAUUUUACUUUUUGUAAAUCUGGAAUUAAAACAUUUU